CGGCGGCCCCUCAGCGGCCGGAAGCGGUGCCGGCGGCACAAGAUGGCGGCGCAGCGGCGGGGCUGGGCGGGCGCUGUGGCGGCGGAGCGGCCGCUGGGGCGCUCGGCCUCGGAGCUGCUGCUGCACCCGGAGCUGCUCUCGGAGGAGUUCCUGCUGCUCACCCUCGAGCAGAAGAACAUUCUCGUCAAAAAUGAUGUGAAGAUGGACAAAGAUGGCCUCACUGAUCUCUACAUUCAACAUGCUAUUCCGUUGCCUCAGCGUGACCUACCCAAAAGUCGAUGGGGGAAAAUGAUGGAAAAGAAAAGACAGCAAAAUGAACUGAAAAGUGAAAAUAAGAGUGUUACAGCGGUGGAAGGAUUGAGGAAACGGCCAUUAAUUGUAUUCGAUGGUAGUUCAACGAGCACAAGCAUAAAAGUGAAGAAGACAGAGAAUGGAGCUACCGAUCGCCUAAAACCUCCCCCAGCUGGAAGCACCACCAAUACCGUUAGGAGAUUAUCAGCUUCUUCAAAUGCCUCAUCAUACAUUUCAGCCUCCAGUUUACCAGAGGACGCUAAGCUGGAAGUGAGGAAUAGUGAGGCUAAGCAGAACAAUAUUUCAAAGACUAAUAGCAGUGUAUUGGCUAAUCUGAAGGCGUACCCUUUGACUCCAGUAGCAGGAGCUACUGUUGUGAAGUUAAAGAGAUCUGUUCCAAAAGAAGACUCUGAUUUGCCGAAUGACCUAAAGCCUACGGAAGCAAAAAAGAAAAUCCAGCAUGUUACAUGGCCAUGAAGUAGCUAGCGGUGCUCCAAACAUAAAUGUUACUUCCAUGUUUUCAAACAGAUAAGUCAUAUUUGAACAGUUUAGGUACUCUUAUUUUUAAACCUUACAGGGAUUCAGAUUGCUGUGAAGUUUUAACAAGUUUAAAGGUUCCCUGUUGUAAAUCUGGAGUCAUUAUCACCAGUCACCUUAAGAGUGUCUACUAUUGUACACAAAACAGUUUAUUCCCUCUUUAAAAGGUGGUAAUAUUACAUUACACCAAAUCCUCCACUUUUAGUUUUCAAGAUUAUUAUAGUUCAUCUCCUGCGUGUCCUUACAAAUCACAUGCAUAAAUAUUCUUGAUUUGUUUUCAGUAAGAUUCAGUUCUGUUCUGCUUCUGGAUAAAUAGUUAAAAUAGUUAUUGAUAUUCAGAGCGAUCCCAGGAGCCUUCUUGGCUUCAUGAAGAUAACUAAUUUAGAUGAGAAAACUGACUAUUCUGCUGAUAAGCUAUUCUGAGACACUUUUUUUUUUUCCUUUUUGUUGCACAGAACAUGAGUGUAGAAUUUACAGGGCAGGUUAAGUUGGUAAUAAGAGAUGAACUAUUUAACAGCAUUACUUCAAAUUGAAGUUUCUCUUAUUGACUUAUGAGAUAAGAAAUGCACAGACGGAAGUAUGUUAUUAGGCUGUCUGAUACGAAUCUUUGAGAGGAAGUAGUGAAUGGAUUAGUGCCAUGUUCUCUAAUACUCACAGGCAUAUUUUAUACACAUGUAAGUGUAAAAAUGUGCCGAUAUAGCAGAUUUGCUUGUUUUCCUGGUUAUAAUCAUGCUCAUAAAAUAUGGGGAAAACCUGUGGAAUUCAGGCCAGUGCUUUCUCAGCUUACAAACAGUUGGAGAGGGAAAGGGUCAGGAAGACUAAGUACCACCUUGAGAGCAUUAGCGUAUGUAGUUGCACUCUUAAAAAAUACAUAUUUUGUUCUCUUCCCUUCUUAUGAUCAUGUAAGGUGGAUGUUGGUUUUCUGUGAAACUUGAGAUUUUACCUGGAUUAUUGGUAGUGCCUUAUAAGGCAGGCAUCCAGUUAAGUUGAUGGCAACUUUUUUUUAUUAAAUCUCAGUGGCUCAGGAUGAAGCCUAAUCCAUUUUAAAUAUAUGGAUGGUAGAAAACAAUAGUACUUCCAGACUUAGUAAAACAUAAAUAAAAAAUCUACUUCUGAAUCCACUUAGCUAACUCACUAAAAUAAGCUGUCAGUAGUGAUCUGAAGGCUUGUUUACAUUUUUUUUAAUUGGUUAGUACUGAAACCAAAAAUUGUAGCUUAAUUCAUUACUGACAGUUGUCCAUUCACUGUUGUGACAUAAAAGGCACUUCUUGAAUGCUGUAAAAUGGUAAGAAUGUGUGUUUUGAAAUAUUGUGUGCUGUUUCCCUUUUACUAAACACUUGUGCAGUUUUUGUACUUGAGUACAGCAAACUUUAACGUAAUGUACAUUUUGUAUGUAAAGAGUUGUCUUUUAAGUAGCCUUAUCCUAUUUAAAUAAAUUCAAUUAAAAGCAAA